AUGCCGGCGUGGAGCUUCUCAGGCUUGGACACCCGACCUCCCGUCUCGGAGGAGCUUCCUGAGGCGGGGCGCAGUGGCCAUCCUGGUGCUCUAAAGGUUCGAGUCGAAACAGCUACGAGCACCACAGUGUCCAGCUCGCCGGCUGCCUUGGCCGAAGGUACUGCCAUGCUCGAGGGGGAAGACCUUCCUUGCGGGCACUUGCCCAUCGACGACUGGGAUGAGAACCAGCCAGGCGCCUCCUUCAAGGUGGUGCUCUUGGGCACAGACACACAAGGUCGAUUUGGUAACGAGCUCUUCGUCGCCGCUGUUUCGCUCAUCGCUGCUGCCCGGGCGGCAUUGCCAGUCCUCCUUUCGAGGAAUGCAGGUGACGAGAAGAGGCAGAUCUUGCAGCUGCCUUGCCUGCGUUCCAGCCGGCAUUUAGCCCAGAAGGUCAAGGACUUCUGCAAAGGCUGCAAUCCAGGCGACAUCUGGAAAGACAGGAGCAACUCCUGCAACAGGGGCCGUGGCUGCCUCCAACAUCUCCAGUCAAAGAAGAUGGUGCUGGACCCCAGUGGUGGGGGCUUUCACCAGGAUCUGUCGGAAUGGCGCGAUCCGCCGCUGAAGUGGCGACCCCUUCUACAGAAGGUUUUCCAUACGCCGAUGCCAAAGCUGCAGGCGCCAGUCGCCCUGCCCGACGCUGCCGACCUGGUGAUGUAUUUCCGACCCUUCAAGAGAAAGCAGGUCUUCGAUGUCUACAACUCGGAUGGAAGGCUCUCGGCGCCGCCCUUCAGCUUCUUCGCCUGGGCGGCAGCGGCGCACCGACGAGCAGUCUCACAUGGCAAGCUGUGGGUUGUGGCCGAUCCGUCCCUGCGGACCCACCCCACCGUGACCCGCCUCGUCAAGGAGCUGGGCGCCGAGCUCUUCAAAGGGAUGGACCAGGUACCCAAGCAAGCUUGGCUGGGCGAUUUCGUCUGGCUGCGCGCGGCGGCUCACGUGGCAAUCUCGCCCAGCACUUUUGCGUGGUGGGCUGCGUUUCUCAGUGAGGCCACGACAGUCUAUGUGCCGGUGCUGCCGGGCCAGGUGCCAAUGCCCUGGUGUCCGCUGCUGCCAGAGGAUCCGCGCUACGUGUUCUUCGAUGUCUGGAACAACGAGUCCCUGACUGAGGAGCACAGAUUUGAGAUGCCCGGGCAUUUUGCGUUUAUCGCACUCUCGGCUAGAUUGACCAUCCAAGUUUUGCGUCGUGCCCUCUUUCUCAGUCUGUCCUAG